AUGCGUCUUCCAAUCAGUUCAAUCGAAUACUUCACUGUGACUGGUGACGCCAAACUUAAGGGUGUGCACUGGGGUGGUCGUUACUACACUCUUCCGUUCGAAACUCAGUUCGAAGGUGGUCAUCUGAAGAGUGGUGAGCGGUUUAGUGGUGUUUUCCUUUCCUGUUUUGAUUGCAGGGGCAGUGUGGUCGUUCAUUUAACACUUUGA